AAAAGUGGAGGCUCCUGAUGGAGAGGAUUUCCCCAUGUGUCAGAGGACAGCGUGGCUCCCCCAGGCUUGACCCAACAUGCAUUCCUGUGUGCUUCUUGCUUCUUCUCCUUUCUCCCCAGGAAAGAGCCAUCGUCCGUUAUAGGGCGUUUACCCUACUGGGAGAGCUAGUAAGGGGAGUGUCGGAGGCUGACAAGGUCCUUAUGAAGAGGGAGGUGGUCUUCAGCCUCCUCCCGCUGCUCCUCCACCUGAUGGACCAGGACUCCACCGUCAGCACGAGCUGCAGACUGACCCUGCUGGACUGUGGGCUCUUUUUUGGAUGGACAGAGCUCCCCCUCAUCUUCCGCAGCCUGGCCUGGGAGGAUCUCCAGAGUUGCCUCUAUAAUAUCUGGAAAUACCUGAUGGGGAACCACAGUGACAGCGCCCACGUGUUCCUCUCCCAGGCCUUGCAAUACCUCCACCACCCCCAGACCGAAAUUAAACACGCUGCGGCAGAGUUCACAG